AUGGAGCGAAUUGAUGUUCACCACCACUUUAUCCCCGAGGCGUACAUUGAAGCCUUUCAUGCCGGUGGUGGAGAUGCCUCGGGCUGGACGCUUCCAUCAUGGAGCCCGCAAGCAAGCAUAGAUCUCAUGCAAUCGCAUCAGACAAGCACUGCCAUCCUAUCUCUUACGGCCCCCGGGCCCAUGGUGCUCCGGACGGACCUCAAGGCUGCAUCUGCACUCUGCCGGGAGAUCAACGAGUGCGCCGCCUCCUUAUGCAAAGAACGGCCAACGAGAUUUGGAUUCUUCUCGACCCUGCCUCCCGUGGUCGAUGGCAACAUGGACGCUGUGCUUGAGGAGGUAGCCUAUUCACUAGACAUCCUAAAGGCCGAUGGGGUCACCCUAUUCACGAGAUAUGGAUCCCGAUAUCUUGGGCACAAAGCGCUCCGUCCGCUGUGGGAAGCCUUAGAGAAACGCCGCGCAGUAGUCUUCGUUCACCCGACACACUCGGCCAACACAGACCUAGUCAGCCCUGCGCUUCCACAGCCGGUCAUAGACUACCCACACGAAACAACCCGAGCGGCUGUCGACCUGAUCACCUCGAACACUGUCAGGGACCACCCUAACGUCAAGAUCAUUCUUUCUCAUGCCGGCGGCACCCUGCCAUAUCUGGCAACUCGAGCCGCGCAUCUGUUGGCCGACGCCCAUCUAAGCGCUCAAAGCCCAGAUGAGAUCUUGGACCAAGCGCGCUCUUUCUACUUUGAUCUCGCGCUAUCUGGGAAUCCUUCUACGCUGGAAUUGAUCCUCACGUUCGCCAAGCCCGGCCACGUCUUGUACGGCAGUGACUUCCCUUACGCACCCACCAAGACGAUCAACAGUUACGUGGAGAUGCUUGAUGCGCACUUGAGAACGAUAGAUGAUGAGACUGCAUACUCGAUUGCUCGGGGGGCAGCAAUCCGUCUUUUUCCAAGAUUCAGAACUGCUGCGGACGAUAGGGAUAAUACUAAUUGA